CCUGCCCCACACUGGGACCCACAUCUCCCACCCAGAGGACCUGGCUAUAAGGUGGAAGAGCAGGAGCAAUCCCCUCCCUACAGGGGAAAGGUGACACUUGUCUCUGUGUCCCUCUGUGAAGAGGCUGUGCCAGCCUCCUGGAAAUCACAGCUCCCUGGGGACCAGCUGGGGAGGAGCACAGCAGGGAGGAUGAGGCUGGGUACGGUCCCCAGCCAGGGUGGGUGGGACCACCGAACCAAAACACGGCUCAGAGCUGGUCACGUACCCUCAGCACAGCGCCGUGGCACAGAGCAGAGCCCCCUGCAGAGCCAGCGACCACUGUGACCACCCUGCCCCUGCCCUGCUUUCACGGGGUGCCAUGGCACCGGGCAGGAGGGAUGCGUGCCGUGGGCGGGGGGCAGUGGCAACGUGUGCCACAGCCCAGGCUGCCCUCUGCAAGGCCACGGCCGGGCACCGGCAGCUGGUGCUGCAGCUCGGGGCGAGCGGCGACUGCCCCCGGCUGCGCGAGGAGCGACGCAGGAGGAGCGCAGAGGCCCGGGAGCUCAGCAUGGGGCUGCGGCAGAUGCUGCUGGCGGGGCUGCGGCAGGGCCCGGCCAGCCCUCGGGAGCGGCGGGAGCUGGAGCGGCUGUGGGUGCUCUUCCUCUCCGCCCUGGAGCUCUUCCUGCAGGACCUGUACAGAGCCCAGCACCUCUGCCAGCUCUUCUCCGUGCAAGGGGGUGGUGUUGCCCUGCUGCGCACUGGGCUGGGGGGCUGGGGGCUGCCCAGCCGGAGAGGAGGGGGUCCCACACAGCCCCCGACCGCCCAGAGCCUGGAGGAGGAGAUCGAGCAGGUGAGGGCCACGCUGGCAGAGAUGGAGAGCGGAGCCAACAUUCCACCAUGGACAGUGGAAGCCACAGAGACCACACAGCCAGCAGAGACAAGCGGCACCGCAGAGAGAGUGGCCUGGGGCAGCCCCUGUGCUGGGCACUGCUGUGGGGUGCUGUGAGCUAGGGGGGCAGGAGACAGCAGCAGGGGUGGCACCCCUGUCACAGUCCUCAACUGUGUCCCUCUACAGUCCUCAACUACAGCCAUCACCUUUGCAGGUGAUGGUGGGGGCUGCUCCCACUCUGUAGA